UGCACUCAGUGUGGAAACAGUUUCACAACCAAACAAAAUCUUGAGAUUCACAUGAGGAUCCACACUGGAGAGGAGCUGUUCCCAUGUUAUCAAUGGGGCAGGACAUUUCCUAGUUCAUCAGGCCUGAAGAAACACCUGAGAGUUUAUACUAGGGAGAAGCCACAUUCAUGUUCUGUGUGUGGAAAGAGUUUUUCACUGCUGACAUAUUUACACGCACAUCAGAAAGUUCAUACUGGUGUGAAAGAGACCAUUUGCUUUGACUGUGAGAAGACUUUUACUACAGCAAACAUUUUAAAACUGCACCAGAGAAUUCACACUGGAGAAAAACCUUACAAGUGUUCACACUGCAACAAGAGAUUCAGUCAGUCAUCAAAUCUGAAAACGCAUGAAAGGAUCCACACUGGAGAAAAACCUUACAAGUGUUCACACUGUGACAAGAGAUUCGGUCUGUUGGAACAUCUGAAUAGACAUGAGAGGAUCCACACUGGAGAACAACCUUACAAGUGUUCACACUGUGACAAGAGAUUCAAUCUAUCAGCAAAUCUGAGAUCACACGAGAUGAUCCACACUGGAGAACAACCUUACAAGUGUCCACACUGUGACCAGAGAUUCAAUCACUCAUCAUCUCUGAAAGCACAUGAGAUGAUCCACACUGGAGAACAACCUUACAAGUGUUCACACUGUGACAAGAGAUUCAGUCAGUCAUCAUCUCUGAAAAAGCAUGAGAGGAUCCACACUGGAGAACAACCUUACAAGUGUUCACACUGUGACAAGAGAUUCAGUCAAUCAGCAAAUCUGAAAAUACAUGAGAGGAUCCACACUGGAGAAAAACCUCACAAGUGUUCACACUGUGACAAGAGAUUCAGUCAAUCAGCAACUCUGAAAAAGCAUGAGAUGAUCCACACUGGAGAAAAACCUUACAAGUGUUCACACUGUGACAAGAGAUUCAGUAACUCAUCAAAUCUGAAAACACAUGAGAGGACCCACACUGGAGAGAAGCCACACACGUGUGAUCAGUGCGGGAAGAGUUUCUCUGUUAAAAGUAACCUGAAGCUACAUAUGAAGAUCCAUACAGUGGAGAAACCACUUAAACACAGUCUGAGAUCACGUGCAGACAGAGAUGGAAAGCCACUCACCACUGAGGAGGAAUUGGAGGAGAAUGUGGAAAAGAGAGAAAGGAACUUGCCACUGAGGGGGAAGAUUGCUAAGUUAGGAGAUCCUAAAAAUGGAAAGUUCCUGGGUGUCCUUGAUGUCAUAGUCACACUAGCAGAGCAUCUUAGAAAGGUAGCCUCUAAAGAAACCACAGGAUAUCCUUCCUGGUGCACUCCACCAUCCACCAAGAAUGCCACCAUCAAUCUUUUGUUGGCUUCACAGUCGUGGGCAGCAAAAAUAAACUCCGUCAAAGCUGUACGUUUCCAGUUAAGGGGGAUUAUUGAUGCUGUGGAAAAGCUUGAGGAAGUGGAAAAAGACGGCAAACCUGUCUCUGAGGCAAAGUCGCUGUCUGGCGAGAUUGUCAGCAUGGAGUUCCUCAUGUGCCCCCUGGUUUGGUAUGAUCUUUUGUCAGAGAUCACCUAUGUCAGCAGAGCUGAAGGUCCAUCAGAGGAUCAGGAGUGUCUGAGGAUUGCUCUGAUCGGGAAGACAGGAAAUGGGAAGAGUGCAACAGGAAACAGUAUUCUGGGAAGAGAUGAGUGUGAGCUGAGUGAAGUGGAGGAGGAGAGAGAAGAACUGAGUGAAGUGAAGGAGGAGAGUGAAGAACUGAGUGAAGAGGAGGAGGAGAGAGAAGAACUGAGUGAAGAGGAGGAGGAGAGAGAAGAACUGAGUGAAGUGAAGGAGGAACAUCAUGUCCAACCUGGAGGAAAACCCUUGAGUCGCUCAAAGACUAAACAGACAUUUUUAAAGAAAAGAAGAGCCAAGAAAUCUUUCACCUGCACUCAGUGUGGGAAGAGUCUCACACGCAAACAAAGUCUUGAGAUUCACAUGAUGAUCCACACUGGAGAAAAGCCGUUCAUGUGUAAUCAGUGUGGGAAGAGUUUCAGACACAUAACAAGUCGUAAUCAACACAUGAGGAUCCACACCGGAGAGAAGCCGUUCUCAUGUGAUCAGUGCGGCAAAACCUUUCUUAGUGCAUCAGAGCUGAAGAAACACCUGACAGUUCAUACGAAGGAGAAGCCACAUUCAUGUUCUGUGUGUGGAAAGAGUUUUUCACUAAUGUCAUAUUUACACGUACAUGAGAAAACUCACACUGGUGUGAGAGAGUACAUGUGCUUUGAGUGUGAGAAGACUUUUACUACAGCAAGACAUUUAAAACGGCACCAGAGAAUUCACACUGGAGAAAAACCUUACAAGUGUUCACACUGCGACAAGAGAUUCAUUGUGUCAUCAAAUCUGAAAACACAUGAGAUGAUCCACACUGGAGAACAACCUUACAAGUGUUCACACUGCGACAAGAGAUUCAGUGUGUCAUCAUCUCUGAAAACACAUGAGAAGAUCCACACUGGAGAACAACCUUACAAGUGUUCACACUGUGACAAAAGAUUCAGUCACUCAUCAUCUCUGAAAACACAUGAGAGGAUCCACACUGGAGAGAAACCUUACAAGUGUUCACACUGUGACAAGAGAUUCAGUCAAUCAGCAGAUCUGAAAACACAUGAGAGGAUCCACACUGGAGAGAAACCUUACAAGUGUUCACACUGCGACAAGAGAUUCAUUCGAUCAGCAGAUCUGAAAACACAUGAGAGGAUCCACACUGGAGAAAAACCUUACAAGUGUUCACACUGUGAAAAGAGAUUCAUUCGAUCAUCAUCUCUGAAAACACAUGAGAGUAUCCACACUGGACAACAACCUUACAAGUGUUCACACUGUGACAAGAGAUUCAGUCGAUCAUCAUCUCUGAAAACACAUGAGAAGAUCCACACUGGAGAGAAGCCGUACACGUGUGAUCAGUGCGGGUCGAGUUUCUCUACUAAAAGUCACCUAAAGCUACACAUGAAGAUCCACACAGUUGAGAAACCACUUAAACACAGUUUGAGAUCACGGUAA